GUGGGGGGGAGACGCCACAAGACACAAGAAGGAGUGAGAGGGAAGAGGAGAGAGUGAGUUGGAAGGAACACACUUGGACUCAGAUUACAGAAACAGGCCUGAACGGUCUCCCAAGAUGUCGAAGAAAAAGGAAUACAGUCCUGUAAAGAUCAGCAAGAGUCAGGCCAAUGACCUGGCGGUGCUGAUUUCUCGCAUGCAGAAUAAUGCAGACCAAGUAGAGAAGAAUAUUCUGCAGGCAGAGGAGCUGCUGGCUGUGGACACAGAGCGUUAUGGGAAGAAUCAGCCUCUGCUCCACCAGAAGGAGAACUCAGACAACCUGGCAGAGGCUGAGGUGCUGCUGAAAAAACUAUUCAUGGACGUGGACAAGUCCAAGAAGUUGCAGCACCCACAGGCUCCUGAGAUAGAGAAAGAUGUGAGCAAUCUGCACGAUCGCUGGGCAAAGGACUGUGCCGUCUACAGGGAACUGUACAACCAGGUGCAAGGGUUGGGGCCGACACAAAAGAUCGACUGGGGUCCCCUGCUGGAUGAAAAACUGAAACAGUUAAAUACAGAGGCAUACGGCCCCAACCUGGCCGACGUAGAGAAGCAGAUUGCAGCACAUAACAUUCUGCACCAGGCGAUCGAGUCCUACAGCACCCAGCUAAGCCCGGGUUCCACCACGUCACAGGAGCAGUACGCCGCCCUCAAAGAGAAAUAUGCUCAUCUGCUUGACAGCUCCCAGAGGAGACGCAGCCACCUGGCCUCUCUGUACGAGUACAUGCAGAGCUGCAGUAAGGAGCUGGUCUACCUUUCCGGCCAGCAGGAGAGGGUCCUGCAGAGAGACUGGAGUGAUCGCAUGGCCGACCCCCGAGGCGUCCGCAUGGAGUAUGAGAAAUUCAAAAAUAAUGGACUGCUAGCACACGAGACUGAGAUCAACAAGCUGCAGGAGGAAGGAGAUCGUCUUGUUGAAAAGAAACACCCUGGCAGCCCAACAAUAAAGGCGCACAGAGAUGCCGUGCAGGCCGAGUGGCAGGCCUUCCUCAACUUGUGUCUAGCACAGGAAAUACACCUGGACAACAUUGAAGACUACAAAAAGUUCCAGCUGGAUGCAGAGACGUUGUCCGAGUCCCUGGAGAGACUCAAUUCCACUCUGGACCCAAAGUCUCUGGCCAACAAGAGCAACCAUGAGGUCCUGCUGGCACUGGAGGGAGAUGAACCAGCAGUAAAGAGGAAUGAGCAGCGCCUGGCUGCCCUCAGGGAGCUCAGCAGCAGCAUUGUGCCUCUCGAGUUACGCCGAACCCGGCCCACCAAACCCACCACUGCAAUGUCCCUGUGUGACUGGGCAGAUGAAGGGGAUGCAGUGAGACGGGGUGAGACGCUGAACCUCAAGUCCAACUCUGAUAAUAAGAACUGGGAGUUUGAAAGCAGCAGUGGGAAGACCAGAACCCUGCCGGGGGCCUGUUUCAUAAUCCCACCACCUGACGCUGAGGCCCUCGAGAAAGUAAACAGUCUGGACAGAGCGCUGAGCGGCUUGAAGAGCCGUAGAUCUGCACUCAUGUCCUCUUUGAAGAACCCCACAGUGGAGGUGGUUCGCCCUCAGAAGGCAGUCGCUGUACAAAGUGCUCCUGAGGAUCCUAAAGCUGCAGAGCUAGCCAGUGAGAUCGACAGGAUCAACAGAGCCCUGGAUCAGAGCGAAAAACAAAUCCUGAGUCGACUUAGAGCCCCGCUAGACAAUCGCAACCCCACAGAAGACCUGGCGAAAAGGCUGCAAGAGCACGAGAAAUCUGCCCUGACUGUAAGAAAACUGGAGUCUGAGAAGUCUGCGGUCCAGAGGGAGAUGGAGCCUGUUCUGGCCAAGAAACCCCUGGGACCCACUGCCUCCACCCUGCCCCCCAAACUCACUGCUGCCACCAACAAGAUUGAUGACAUCAAUGGCCUUAUCGAUCUUUAUAAUAAAAAAGCUACAGCCUCCAUGUUCCUGGAGAAGCAGCUGCAGAAGGUGGACGGCAUUGUCUCUGGGUUUGAGGAGCAGCUAGCUAAAGAUGGCGUCAUUCUUGAUAAACCAAGUGCCCUCCAGAGUCGGAACCAGCAGCUGCAGGCUAUGCGUAAGGAUGUCGCCUCAAAAAAGGGUGAGUUGGAGCAAUUAGGCAGAGACUUGGACUUCACAGAGCAAGCAUGCAGCCCCCUGCAGCAGAGUUACAGUGAAUACUGUCCUGACAUCCGCCGACAGGAGAAUGAGGUGAAAAAGCUGCAGAAUCGUUACACGACUGUGAAAAAUCAGAUCCAGGAACGGUCGGCUCUCGUACAAGAUGCAACCAGUAGAAAUCAAGAUUUCCAGAAUUCUGUUCAGUCACUGGAUUUCUUCUUGGUCAAUUUGCCCAAUAAUUCGAUCAAACCUACUGACAAUGUUGCACAGAUAACAGCCAAGGAGAACUCUCAAAAGAGAGUAAUGGAGGAUAUCAAGAAGAAAUCAGGUGAUUUAGACCGUGUCAAGUUUCUGUCCCGUGAUCUGCAUAGUGUCUUAAAUGAGUACGAGAUUAAGUCAUACACUUACCGUGGCACUCUAAAUGAUGACGAUGAUGGCGAUGAUGAUGUUGAUGUUGAUGAACCGAUCCCAACGAAACAAACUUCUACGAUGGCUCAGGCUGUACAGAGAAAGGAGAAAAAUCUACUGAACCUUUUCUCUGAGGUGUCUGCAGAAAACAACCAGCUGAUCAGCCAGUUGGGGACAGCUAAGAACAUAAUGGCCAGGAAUGAAGAGAAAGUUAGUCAGGUAGUCGUCAGUCAGCAGCUGCAGCUACAGAGCCAGAAGAAGGACCUGGAGGAGAGUGGUAGCCUGAAAAAUGAAUUAACUGAGGAGGUUGCCAGGCGCUUACAUGCUGAAAAAGACCUGGAAACAUACCGUAAGAGGUUUGUGUCAUUGAAGAAUAGGAGAGGAGUGGAGAGGUUGGAAGAGAAGGAGGUUGUGCAAUACUACCGUGACCCCAAGCUGGAGGUGGAACUACAGUCCCUGAAAAGUCGGAUCCAGGAUGAAACAUAUAACAGGUCAAGAACCCAUUCAGAGAUAGAAAUCUUAAAUGAGAAGAUUAUCAAACUGGAGACACAGCUGACCAAAGUCGAACCUAAACUGGUUACCAAGGUACUGACUGAAUAUGAGAGAGACCCGCAACUUGACAAAGAAGCCACCAAGAUUAGAGAUGAGAUGCAUCGGAUACGACUGGAGCUCCAAACGAGAGAUUCUGAGGCAGUUCAUGUGAAAACUGAACUCACGGUUCUAGCUCAGCAAAAACCCAAAAUAAGGGAGAAGGUUGUCAAGAAGGAAGUGGUGAGGCUGGAAAAGGAUCCAGAAAUGCUGAAAGCUGUUCUCAUGUUCCAGAAUGAUAUUGCAGCAGAGGAAUCUCAUUGCAAGUCGCUCAACGAUAGCAUUUUUAGCUUAAGGAGCCAGAUAAACACACUGGAGAGGGUCAUUCCGACAAUCCAACCCAAGAUAGUCUCCAAGGUGGUGAAGCAAGUACAGCAAGAUCCAGAAACGCUUGAAGAGUCGAAGAAACUACGAAUUGCCUUGGAAGAGGAGAAAGAUGAGAAUGUUAUCUUGAUGAAAGACCUGACCACCUUUCAGCUACGUUACGGUGAAUUGGAGAAGCUCAGGCCUAAAGUCGAGGUCAAGGAGGUCAUCAAUGAGAUCUACCGAGUUGAUCCUGAGACAGAACUCGAACUGGUGCGUCUGAGAAAAGAGCUGCAGGAAUCGAGCCGCAACCGCACAGACCUGGAGAGAGAAAUCAACACAGUGAUAACGACUCUGACUACCCUGCGUGCUCAGAAACCCAAAGUGGAGUACAAGGAGGUGACUCAGGAGGUGAUCAAAGAAGAGAAAAGCCCAGAGGUCAUUAGGGAAUUACAAAGGCUAAGCAACCAAGUUUCCCGUCUGCAAGUCAACUAUGACACCACCCUCGAGCUGCUGACCCGCCUACGUAAAGAAAGAGAUGAGUUGAAAGCUGAAAAAUCCAAAGUGGAGACCAAGCUAGUCAAUAAAGAGCUCAUCAAAUAUGAGAAUGAUCCUCUUCUUGAGAAAGAGGCUGACAGACUUCGAAGGAAUGUAAGAGAAGAGAUUCAACAACGCCGCAGUGUGGAGGAGUGUCUCUUUGACCUCCAAAACCAAUACAUUGUCCUCGAAAGGCAGAAACCAGAGGAGAAGAUUGUAAUGCAGGAAGUGGUGCGUCUUCAGAAGGACCCCAAGCAGAUGCUGGAGCAUGAAAAGUUGAACAAGAAUCUGGAUGAGGAAUUGAAAGCCCGUAGAAAGCUUGAAUUAGAGGUCCGACAGCUUAGAGCCCAUGUUCAAGAUAAAGAGAGUACCCUGGCUCAGAUGGAUGAUCGUCAGAAGAAGAUUCAAGUAGAGUCAGAGCUCAGGCAGAUCAAAUCUCGCAUUCAUGAACUUGAAAAUUCUCAUCCGCCCGUUGAGGAAAAGAUUGUCAUUGAGGAGGUCCUGAAAGUGGAGAGAGACCCUAAGCUGGAAAAACUAACUGAUGGUAUACGUGACAACUUGGAGACUGAGGGCACCAAUAUCAGUCGUCUAGAGAGAGAAAUCCGCAACCUGAAGCUCAAGUUGGAAAUUCUGCAAAAGGAGAAGUCAGUUGAGAAGGUUGUUUACAGAGAAGUUGUUCGCGUAGAGAAAGACCCAGCUGAUGAGGCUGAAAGGGAACAUCUAAGAGAGCUAGUAACGCAGGAGAGAAAUCUCAGGCGUGAUCAGGAGGAUAACAUUCAGAACAUCAACAUCAAAAUGACCCAUCUGCAGACAUCGAAGUCUGUGACUUCUCAGGAGGAGACUGCUCUCAUCACCAACAGGGAUUCUCUGCACAGAGAGAAGGAGGAUCUCCUCAGACAGCUCAAAAUGCUCGAGUCUGAAAGACAGAACAUCAGUAUAACCUUCCAGCAGCAGUCCAAGCUGGUGAGUGAGAGAAACCUGAUUGCACGGCAGAGGAGUCUUAAAACAUCCUCUGAAGUGCAACGGCUGGAGAAAGAAAUCCUGAGUGAAAAAGACAAAAUACACCAGAGAGAAACAUUGAUCACUGAGUUGCUGAACACCAUUAAGAAAGAUGACCAGUCUGAAACUCACACCAGAGAGACAAAUCUUUCUACGAAGAUCACCAUCAUGGAUCCAGAAACCGGUAAAGACAUGUCUCCCUAUGAUGCCUACGUGCAGGGGCUAAUUGAUCGCAACCAUUACAUUCACCUGUCACAGUUGGAGUGUGACUGGGAGGAAAUCACAUCAACAGGUCCAGAUGGAGAUACAACAAUUCUGCAGGAUCGCAAAAGUGGGAAGCAGUACUCAGUCAAGGAUGCUCUGAGGGAGGGGCGCUUGACCCAGUAUGACGUGAUGCGUUACAAGGAAGGGAAAAUGAACAUCACGGAGUUUGCCCUCCUUGUUGUAGGGGAAAGACAAAUGCCUGACAUACCUCAAAUAACAGCCCCAAGAUCACCCACCAAACCCAUGCCAGCCUCUCCUUUGAAAACCAUGCCAUCCUCCCUAAGGUCCUCCUACCCCAGCCUCAACACUCGCCAUAGUGGCAGUUUGAACAACCUCAGUGCCUCAGCGGACAGUUUGAACAACCUCAGUGCCUCAGCGGGCAGUUUGAACAACCUCAGUGCCUCAGCGGGUGAUGAGCAUUUCCCCAUCUCCGGUAUUUUUGACACCACCACUCAAAGCCGCAUGUCUGUGAGAAGCGCCCUGACCCGCAAACUCAUUGAUACUGACACAGCUCUGAAGCUGCUGGAGGCACAAGCAGCCUCUGGUGGAAUUGUUGAUCUUGCCAAGAAGGACAAAGUGUCUGUCCACAAGGCAGCUGAACAUGGUUUAAUUGACACGGGUCACAUGUACAAGCUUCUGAAUGCCCAGAAGGCCUUCACUGGAGUCGAGGAUCCAGUGACCAAAGAGCGGCUCGCAGUGGGACAAGCCGCACAGAAAGGGUAUAUUCCCAAAGAAAAUGCCAGGAGGUACAUGGAGGCGCAGUACCUGACUGGUGGGUUGGUGGAUCCCUCUAAAGCCGGCCGCCUCACUGUCCAAGAAGCUCUCGCUGCCAAUCUGAUUGACAGCACAACUGCUGAUCAUCUGCAAAAUGAGGCUUCCCUCACAAAAGAGUUGGUAGACCCCGUCACUAAAGAAAAGAUCACAUACAAGCAGGCAAUGGAUCGCUGUCAGAAAGACAUCAGCACGGGGCUCCUGCUGCUUCCUGCAGCCUCCACUGAUGCCUCAAAUGCCCCAUCAUACUCAAACUAUCGGUUUAAUUCCCCCUACAACAAUGUUUAUAUGUGAAGAUGUACCAUGUUUUAUCUGCUUGAGCCACUUGGUGGUAAAGGGUGUAUGAUAAUUAAGAGUAAUGCUAACUGAUAAAACUGAUAAAAUCGACAAUGUACAUGUUCAUACAUUCAGUCAAAAAACUACACUUUUGGUGAAACUGUAGGCUACAUGUGGAUCUGUUUCUUCAGUGCUAAUUUUGGGUCUGCUGUAAAAAUGAGGGUAAUGUUUGUUUUAUAUGGUAAAUUGUUUUUUCAGCGUGUUUCAAGUGUUUAUUAAACUCUGCAAACCUCA